UGUCAUCGCAAGCAACAAAACAAACCCCUGCCUUUGCUCUGUUCUUCUUCUUCCCUCUCAUUCUACUCCAGCAAUCUUGGCCCUCCCCCUCCCCUCCCCUCUUCUUCUUCCCUGCCCCCCACCCCCCUUCCUCUGUGAAGCAUCUUCUCUUCUUUCUAGCUAGCUGAGCAAGUUGGCGCCCAUGGUGGGCGCGAGGCAUGGGCGGCUUCUUCCUGUGGCGGCCCUCCUUAUAGCCGCCUGCUUCUCCCCUCUCUUGCUACCGCCGGCGGCCGCCGUCGACGAGCUGGAUGGGAGUGGGAGGGAGGCUCAACGGAACACCGAGCGCAUCUCAGGAAGUGCUGGUGAUGUUCUAGAAGACAAUCCUGUUGGGAAGUUGAAGGUUUUCAUCUAUGAUCUGCCAAGCAAGUACAACAAGAGGCUUGUCACCAAGGAUCCCCGAUGCCUCAACCACAUGUUUGCCGCAGAAAUAUUCAUGCACCGUUUCUUGCUCUCUAGUGCAGUGAGGACGGUUAACCCUGAAGAGGCCGACUGGUUCUACACUCCUGUUUACACUACUUGUGAUCUAACUCGUGCUGGACUUCCGUUACCGUUCAAAUCUCCAAGGAUGAUGAGAAGCGCACUCCAGUUCAUUUCAAAGAGGUGGCCUUUCUGGAAUAGAACUGAUGGAGGAGAUCAUUUCUUUGUCGCUCCACAUGAUUUUGCGGCAUGCUUUCACUAUCAGGAAGAGAAUGCUAUUGCGCGUGGAAUUCUUCCAUUGCUACGCCGUGCUACAUUGGUUCAAACAUUUGGACAGAAGAAUCAUGUUUGCUUGAAAGAGGGAUCUAUUACGAUACCGCCAUUUGCGCCACCACAGAAAAUGCAGGCUCACUUGAUUCCUCCUGAUACUCCCCGUUCAAUAUUCGUUUACUUCAGAGGUUUGUUCUAUGAUAAUGGGAACGACCCUGAGGGUGGGUAUUAUGCAAGAGGUGCUCGAGCUUCAUUGUGGGAGAACUUCAAGAACAAUCCUCUCUUUGAUAUCUCCACCGAACACCCUGCCACCUACUAUGAAGAUAUGCAACGUGCCGUCUUCUGCUUAUGCCCGUUGGGGUGGGCACCAUGGAGUCCUAGGUUGGUUGAGGCUGUGGUAUUUGGCUGCAUUCCAGUUAUCAUAGCUGACGACAUCGUGCUGCCUUUUGCUGAUGCAAUCCCUUGGGACGAAAUUGGUGUUUUUGUUGAUGAGGAGGAUGUGCCAAAGCUUGAUUCAAUUCUCACGUCUAUCCCGAUUGAUGAUAUCCUGAGGAAGCAAAGAUUGCUCGCCAACCCAUCAAUGAAGAAGGCCAUGUUGUUCCCGCAGCCAGCGCAACCAAGAGAUGCAUUCCAUCAGAUUCUAAAUGGCCUUGCUCGCAAGCUCCCGCACCCAGAGACCGUAUACUUACAGCCAGGUGAGAAGCAUCUCAACUGGACAUCUGGGCCUGUUGGAGAUCUGAAGCCUUGGUAACAUAAAAGCUUCCUUACAAGACCUGGUUUUGUUGAUCUUGUGAAAAGUUCGGUUUCUUUUAUUGCCUUUCUCUGAGAAGUUCGGAGAUCCAUAGAAUUAUACAAUAUUGAGGUGUGUUAUAAGCUCUGGUGUCACUCGACUAAAAAUUGUGGAUCUUACGUAACCGGUUGUAACGUUGUAAUUGUAUAAAGAAGUAAAGAAAUUAAACGAGUGUUCUUGUCA